GACACGACCAAGUGGAAAUCUCAAAAUUUUCAAUCUCAUUUCUUCUUCGUUGACAGAAAUUAGGGUUCAUUUGAAUUAUCCUUCUAUCCCUCUCUGCUCUGAAGAUCUGAUUGAAAUCAGGCUCCGACCUCUAGUGGGUCUCCUCGGAUCCGAAUACUAAGGUGAAAGACCUGAACUUUUUUGCUCGUUAUCACUUUUCUCUUGGGCAGAGCAUUGAUAGAGUAUCAGAAUUGUAGUUCUUUGGAAGUGUUAUGCUUUAGUGUCUGCCAAAGGUUUGGACUUUAGCUGAUUAAAGAUCAUUAUCCGAUCAUAUUUGGUUUUCUGUUGGAUGUUUUGUGGAUUGGUAGUGAGGUUUUAAGAUGGAUAGGCCUCGACAAACUGAUCAUUUGGGUGUGAAUAAGACUGGGAAGAACAUCAGAAAGAGUCCCAUCCACCAACCCAACUUCGCUGCAAAUGCUAAUGCCACGGUCCAUGCCCCUGCAAGGCCUCAAGCGCAGCCUCAGGUUUACAGCGUUAGCAAGAACGACUUUAGAAGCGUUGUUCAGCAGCUUACUGGCUCUCCUUCGCGUGAAAGCGUUCCUCGCCCUCCUCCUCAGAACAAUAACUCACCGAGGCCUCAGAAUACUAGGUUGCAAAGGGUUAGACCGGCACCUUUAACGGAGAUCAACCGUCCUUCGCUUCCUCUCCCUAACAUGCCUUUACAGCAUCGUCCUCACAGCUUCGUCCAACCGCCUGUCCCACAAGGCACACAACAACCAGUGAUGGGUCAUGGGGACCUGUCUUGGUCUAAUACAGCUGAGUCUCCCAUCUCAGGGUAUAUGCGUUAUCUUCAAAGUUCACUUGGAGAUCCAGGUCCCAGUGGUAACCAUAUUCAGCCAGGUCAUGAACAAAGACCAUAUAUACCAGCUCAGUCUCAGCCUCCGCCUUCGCCUCAAACUCAGCCACAGCCACUACAGUCUAGUCAAUAUCAACCACCACCAGGGUUAGUUCCUAGCCCCGUGCCGCGGAAUCUUCCUUUCCCUCAGUUCAAUGGUCCUGUACCUGGCACGCCCACUCUUCCCUCUCCAAGGUUCAAUCAGAUGUACGGUGGCUUUCCUUCUCCUCGGUACGACGGUGGUUUUCCUUCUCCUUGGUAUAACAGUUUUGGACCAUUACCCUCUCCUACUGGUUACCCGAACAUGUUCUCUCCUAGAUCACCUUACCCACUGCUAUCACCGGGAGUUCAGUAUCCACAACCACUUAACCCGAACUUCUCGUUUUCACAGCUAGCUCAACCAGGAAGUCACGGACCCGGUGCAGGUGCAGGUCCUUCUCAGCCACCUCCAUCUCCAGGGCUCAUGUUCCCGCCAUCUCCAUCAGGGUUCUUCCCAAUCCCAAGUCCAAGAUGGGGUGGUGGUUACUAGGUUAGUAGUCUGUACUAUGAAAGGAGCUUAAUCUUCAGAGGCUACAGUAGAAUAGACACAGCAGCUGCAUAGAUGUGUAGAUCGCUAAAAGGUGAUCUUGUAGGGAUUUUGUUCUUUUUAUAGGUAAAUGCUUUACUUGAGAACCUUGGGAUGAUGAUGGUUACUUCUUUUAUUUUGUACACACUCUUGGACAAAAGUCAGUUUAUAUGAUUUUGGGAAUUUUUAAAGCAA